CAAUGUGACUGACGCCUUACCUCUGACCGUGAGCUGCCCGUUGCUUAUCGUACGGGAGCAUCUAGCCAUGUAGUGAAUUUUUACUCUUAAUAUUUUAUUCUACAAUUCAGAAACGGCAUCCGAACUGUUUUUUCGUGGCAGGUAUUUUUUCGUGAAUUUUCUGUACAAAUUGUAAAUUAUGUGUUUGAAACUGCGUCAAUUUAAAAUGUACGGAAGCCCAUAAACUGAUCAACAUGGAUGGAUGCUUCAAGUUCCUCUUCAUUUCAAAUAUUUUGUUACAAAUGAAUCGAAUGCAUCCGCUCGUCUCGGCCAAUUUCGACUUGCACCAACCGACUUUUUAUCCCGCCGAGCCGUUGAGGGAAAAAGACGUGCUGCGGACUCUGCGCGAGGAUCAUUUGACCAACUGGAGCUGGUUGGACGAGAAGGAACCGCCGGGCCCCAACACGGUGGCCAUCCGUCGCGGCGACGACCCCCAAACCCGCUCCUGGAUCGUCUUCCGCACGACGAAGCGCGGCACCACCCUCUACAAGGAGACAUUCACCAACGAAGACGCUGCCAUGUCCUUCUUCCUCGAUCGGGUCCGCUUGAUCUCCAUCUGCGUCGAGCCCGUCACUCCGCAUAUAGUCGACAGCGACGAGAUUUACGAUAUUUUCGACCAACAGCGUGCUCAGCAGGCUAAAAAUGAAUAGACCGUAUUCGAUAACGGUUCGAUGUAUCGUUUCGUUCAAAACAAUAGAACAUAACCUCGAACCAAACUGUGAGGAUUUAAGUUGGAAAAGCUGAAAAUGAGAACUUUCCUGACAAUUUCACUUUGCAUUAGCAUUAGGUACUCAAAAGAAUAAAACAUCUGUUACAAAAGACCCGUUCCCUCCGAUUUCUAAAUUGACUUUUGAGGCUAUGUUUAUGUUUUGAACCAAUCGAUAUCGAUAAAAUCUCACCUGUUUGAUGUAUCGAAUACGAUCUAUAGACGGCCCGGUCAUAGAAUAAUAGCUACCGGAAAGGUAACUGUCAGAUUCUCCCAUAAGAUCGCGUAAAGUUCAUUAUUGACGGAUCCAGCAAAUUGGCAACAUUGCCUUUUCUCCAUUUAAAGCUAUUAAAAUGUAUCGAUUCUUGGAGGGGCCAAGUGCUCCGACAAGAAUCGAUUAUGUAGCAUAGAUUUAAAUGAAGGAAAUCCAAUGUUGCCAAAUUGCUGGAUCCGCCUCUGGUAUAGUUAUAUGUUCGAAGCGGACUUGGAGUCGAUUCCCCACGUUUGAAACGGCAGGCUGCGCGGGGGCCGCGGGAAUUUCAAGAUGACCGACUGCUCCCCUUCUGGUAGCUAUUAUUCCGAGCCCGUUUCAGACGAUCAAAGUAGAGCUCUCAAAGUGGCGUCACGUGGGGUCUCGUCACCCUCAAAGAUUGUCGGCCCGACAAUCUUUGAGGGCAAUGGGGUCACGUGACCCCAUGUAACGCCACUUUGAGAGCUCUACUGCCUUAAUACUAGUCAUAUCGUAAGCAAGAACCUUAGCAACUACUUCCAAUUGGACGCAUUUAAAUCGAAAGGAACUAUGUGCAUUGAGCCAUGGGCCUUGAGAUCCAUAAGAAUACAUUCGUACCGGGGCUCAUGUCUGAAUGAAUUUUGGCUCCUUUUGGAUUUAAUUGAGACCAUAUGUACAAACGAUAAGUGAAAGAUUACCUAAAGACGUAGGGGUCAAUUUUUAUGCUUGAAGGAACUACUAUUAAACACAAAUUUUCAUGGAAGACCUCGUUGAAAAUAGGACUAAUACAACUGUUUCUAAGCUGGUAA